AAGGAAGCAAGCAAGCAAAAGAAAGGAGGAGGAAGGAGGAGGAAGAAGGAAAAGGAACGAAGAAACGAAGAAACGAAGACCGCAGCCGGAGGCCAGCCCUAGCAAGCCGAGAAUGAUAAACACACAGGACAGUAGUAUUUUACCUUUGAGUAACUGUCCCCAGCUGCAGUGCUGCAGGCACAUUGUUCCAGGGCCUCUGUGGUGCUCCGAUGCCCCUCACCCACUGUCGAAGAUCCCCGGUGGGCGAGGGGGUGGCAGGGAUCCUUCUCUUUCAGCUCUGAUAUAUAAGGACGAGAAGAUCACUGUUAACCAAGAUGUCCCAGUGCACGAAGGAAAGCCUCACACUGUCCACUUCCAGUACAAGGUCACAGAGGUGAAGACCUCCUCCUGGGAUGCAGUGCUCUCUAAUCAGAGCCUCUUUGUGGAAAUCCCUGAUGGAUUAUUAGCUGAUGGAAGCAAAGAAGGGUUAUCAGCACUGUUGGAGUUUGCUGAAGAAAAAAUGAAAGUAAACUAUGUCUUUGUUUGCUUCAGAAAAAGCAGAGAAGAUAGAGCUCCACUCCUGAAGACAUUCAGCUUUUUGGGCUUUGAAAUCGUGAGGCCUGGUCACCCCUCUGUCCCAUCGCGGCCAGAUGUGAUGUUCAUGGUGUACCCCUUGGAUCAGAACUCUUCCUCUGAUGAAGAAUAGCUGCAGUGAGGGACUCCAGUGUGACCUGAAAAUGCUGUUGAGGGGAGAGAGGGUUACAUCUCCUUUCUUGAGGAAAGGGAAAACAAGCUUCUGUUGGACUGCAACUGCAUUUCUCAUUGUUAGAUUGGCCUGUGUAUCCUCAGAGUUGACUAUCUCAUUGAAAUGUGUUGCCUAGAGAACUAUAUAUACACACAUGUAAUCACCGAAUAGUAAAUGGAAGAGGUUUCUGAACUGGCAUAGGAGCUCCUGGUGUGUGGUGUGUUAGCCUGGAGGCACCAGGGCCCGUGCCCUGCCAGGGGAGCACAGCAGUAGAUGCAGAAUCAACUCCUUGACUCCCCUGAACCCACCUGGAUCCUGUCCCCAUCGCUGUGUUCAUCUGACACAACUACCUUCUUAUUUUUCACUCACACUCUUUAAGUAGAAGGCAUGGUUUGGGUGGUAGGUGCGUGGAGUUUAACCUUUAACACUACAUGAAAACAUGUGUCUGCUUUGGGGCAACUGAUGCUUUUUUAAUUGGUCUAACAUUUUUUUAAAUUUUAUUUUUAAAAAAACCAAAAACUUCUUGUGCUUUCAGCUUUUGUUCUAAGCAGUCUUAACUCUGUUCAAUGUUACCACUGCACUAUCCCAGCGUUCAAUAAAAGGGGCAUUCAAAUAAGCA